AUGUCGUCCGGGCCACCUCCACCCCCAAAUCGCUACAUCACCACCAACAGCUUGUUGGGCAAAUCGACGUUCUCUUCACUCCCGCCCAGUCUGGUUGAGGAGGCAGAUCUGGGUGGAGCCGUCCAGCGCCUCGUCUACUCGAGUCUCUCAUCACCUUCUCUGACCAAGUCCGCCGAUCUUGAGGGCUACAAGUCGCUUUUGCCAAAACCAACAGAAUACAACCUUGUCAGACCCGACGGAGGUCCCAACGUUUGGUACCUCGACGUGCCGCCGAGCAGCUCUUCGCCAAUGCAUCGAACUGUCAGUAUCGACUUCGUGGUUGUGGUGCAAGGGCAGAUUGAGCUGGAGCUGGACGAGGGAGAGAAAAGGGUUGUGAAGGCGGGAGACGUUGUCGUGCAGCGGAGUACCAUGCACGCAUGGCACAACAGGAGUGAGAGCGAGUGGGCUCGGAUAGUUACUGUUAUAAUGCAGUGUCAAGAAGUCGAGCUUGAAAACGGGAGGAAGCUAGGCUUAGAGUUCGUAGGUUAA